GUACCAAUGCUAGGCUAGCUGUAGUUAGCUGCACGGGGGCGGACAUGUUGAGCAGAGCUUUCUAUCCAUAAACAGCGCUUUAUUGUGGGGUUUGGGCUCUGGGGGGGCAGUACGUGGCUUUGAGACAUCAUGGACGCAGUCAACGCUUUCAACCACGAGUUAUUCUCGUUGAUGGACUCCAAGCCCCCAAUUUCGCGAGCUAAGAUGAUAUCAAUCACGAAAUCAGCUAUCAAAGCUAUGAAACUGUACAAGCAUGUGGUCCAAAUUGUGGAAAAGUUCAUCAAAAAGUGUAAGCCUGAGUACAAAGUUGCUGGCCUGUAUGUGGUGGAUUCUAUUGUUCGACAGUCCAGACACCAGUUUGGAGCUGAUAAGGAUGUCUUUGGGCCUAGAUUUACCAAAAAUAUCACAGGAACUUUUGAAAAUCUCUGCCUUUGCCCAGUAGAAGACAGGAGUAAAAUAGUACGUGUAUUAAACCUGUGGCAGAAAAAUUGUGUCUUCAAAAUUGAGGUCAUUCAGCCUCUCUUGGACAUGGCUGCAGCAAACACCAGUGCUGCUGCUGUUCCUUUCUCAGAGGCAGAUGAAUCAGGUUAUUCUCCACCAUCACCCAAAGAACCUCCUCCUGAAGAAGAGAUGCCAAACUCCACCCUGACGACAGCUGCUCAGCUCCAAACCUCUGAUGCCUUUGCUGCAGUGGCUCAGCUUUUCCAGACCACACAGGGGCAGCAACUUCAGCAGAUGCUCCAGAAUUUUCAACAAAAACCUCUCAAACAAGAGGCCAAUGUGCAGCCAACACAACCCCAGGGCCAGAGCAUCACCAUGAACCUUGGACCUGUCCCUCCACAACCCCCACCUCCCUCUCAACCAGCACAGUCAACGGCAUUUGCCAAGACUUUGCUGGAUCGCUUUGAUUAUGAUGAUGAACCAGAUGCUGGUGAAGAAACAAAAAAGGAAGAAUUAUCGUCACAACCUUCAAUCAGUAUGCAGCCAACCCCAGCCUUCCCACAGCACACAGAGCACUUUAAACCACAGAUGACAAAUAUGUCACAAGAUCUCUCACAACAGGGUUCACUGCCCCUUAAUGGUCAGCCUCAAGCCUUUGGUCAAGUGUUUCCUUUAGGGGGUAUAAUCCCUCCUCCGGGACAUCCUCAAAUGGGACAACCCCCUCUCGGUGCAUCUGGGCCUACAGGCUUCCAGGGGUUAUAUCCUCUCCACAGUGUAGCCCCACAGCAGCAGGAUUUAUUGACGGAUACAACAGUUCUCAAUGAGUCCUCAAUAAAGGAUGGAAAACACAGUCGAAGGUCACACUCAGGCUCCAGGUCACCAAAGCGGAGGAGAUCACGGUCAAAUUCCCGCUCCCGCAGAUCCCGACAUCGAAGAUCUCGGUCCAGAGAGAGACGCCAUCAUUCUCCUCGAGCUCGUUCCCAGGAGCGCAAGGAGAGAGAGCGGGAAAGGGAGCGCAGGCAGAAAGGGCUACCCCCACUGAAGAGUCACACACUGAGCAUUUGCACUACAACACUUUGGGUUGGUCAGCUGGAUAAGAGGACACAGCAACAAGAUGUGGAAUGUUUAUUGGAAGAGUUUGGACAGAUUGAGUCAACCAAUAUGAUCCCCCCACGUGGUUGUGCAUAUAUUGUCAUGGUGCAUAGACAAGAUGCAUUCAGGGCCCUACAAAAGCUCAGCAGAGGGAAUUAUAAAGUAAACCAGAAAACCAUCAAGAUUGCUUGGGCAUUGAACAAAGGCAUUAAAACAGAUUUUAAACAGUACUGGGAUGUGGAUCAUGGGGUCACGUACAUACCGUGGUCAAAGAUUAAAGAGGAGGACCUUGACGAACUCAAAGAUGGGGGAAUCCUGGAUAUAGACUCUUUAGCUCCAGAGUGGAGUGCAACAAGGAAAACCCUUGAAAGCUCUGAAGAAAUUACCCAUAAUGGUCGCACAGAGUCUCAGCCUGAAGAAGUACAAGUGGUCCCUGUGCUCACUCCUGCCGUUCACUCUGUGCCCCCUGUUCAGAUUGCCCCUUCUCAGCCUGCUGUGGUUGCGGUUGGUCCGGUUCAGCCACCUGUGUUCCCCGGCCCAAUGGGUGUUCCUCUGCCUUCGUUUCCCGCAGGCGUCCCUCCGCCUUUCCUCCGACCAGGAUUCAACCCAUUGCAUAUGCCUCCAGGGUUUCUACCCUCUGGUGGCAUGCCUCUGGGCCCACCACCUUCAAAACCAGAGGAUCCACCAGUAGACCCAGCCAGUCUAGGUAACAGACAAAAUGAAGACAUCCAGGAUGGGCCGAUCAUUUUUAACCACCACAUUGGACCCAUGGGUAACCUAGUUAUUGGCCAUCCAGCUACAGGUCACCCUACUGGUAUCCCCAGAGGCCCUCCUGCUGGUCUCCAUGGUGGUCCUCCCGGAGGGAUACCUGGUGGUCCUCCUGGUGCUCCCAAUGCUGGGCUGCUGGGUGCACUUCCUGUUGGCCUGCAUGGUGGGCCUCCUCGAGGUCCCAUUGGCGUUCCCCUUGGGCCCUUUCCUGGUGGGGCUCCUGUAGGUCUGUCUGGUGGUCUCCCUGGGGGCCCCAGAGGAGGUCUUCCAAUUGGUCCCCUCGGAGGUCUACCUGGUGCUCCUCCCUUUGAGGGUCAACAUGUUGGUCCCCCUAGCGGCCCAUUUGGUCCUCCACAUAAUGGUCCAAGACCAGGUCUACCUGGUACUUUGCCACCUGGAGGACUCCACAGUGGUCCACCCGGGGGCCCCCCCAAUGAUGGUCUACAUAGUGCUUUACAUGGUGGUGCACCCAGUGCCGGACUUCUCAGCCCACUCACUGGUCCAAGAGGAGCUCCAACCAGCAGCCUACUUGGAGGUUUCCAUGGUGGUCUGCCUGUAGGUCCACCCAUUGAGAGUCAUCCUGGUGCUGCACCUGGUAGUCUUCAUGGUGCUCCCCCUGGAGGUGGACUACUUGGUCCACCCACUGGUCCAAGAGGAGCUCCACCUGGGAGUCUACCCGGAGGUCCCCCUGGAGGCCCUUCCCUUGAGGGUCAACAUGUUGGUCCUCCUAGUGGUAGUCUCCUUAGUAGUUUGCCUGGUGGUCCAAGACCAGCUACACCUGGAAACCUUCAUCCUAGUGGUGGGCUUCUUGGUGCCAGGCCUGGCCUAAUCCCACUCCAGCGCCCUCCAGGUCUUUCACCAAAUAUGCAGCGUUUUCCUCCAUCACAAGGCCCUCGCCCACCUCACUCUGGUGCUUCUACCAUGGAUCGAGCGCCACACCCUCAAAUGCAUCCUGACAGUUCUCCAGGCUUCCCACCACACAAUGCAAGGGGUCCUUUUCCUUCACAGGGCCAUGGACCACCCUCAUUCAACAGGCCAGGAGGAGGCCCUCGAGGUGAACCCCACCGAGGCAUGGAGAGUCCCGAGGAAAUGGAGGGACGCCAGUUUAGAGGGGAGAGGGCUGGUUUCAGGGACCGUGACUCUGAAAGAGACUGGGAUCGAGACAGAGAAAGAGACCGAGGUUUUGGGGGAGGAAGACGUUUUGGAGAGGGGGCCAGGAUAGACGGGAGGGACAGACCUUCAGGAUGGCAGGACGAUGGGAAUCCACGUGGAGGAUGGGAGCGGGACCGCGGACGAGAUCAAGACCGUGACAGAGAGAGAGAUAGAGACCGGCGGGACUGGAGAGAGAGACGGAGUAGUCCAGAUCGAGACCGUGGGCGAGACACUGGGGAGCGGCGGGACAGUGGGGAGCGGCGAGACACGGGGGAGCGGCGAGACACGGGGGAGCGGAGAGACAGAGGGAGGGGGGAGAGGGGCAGCAGAAGUAGUAGAGACAGUAGAGACAGUAGAGACGGAGACCGUGGGAGGUCAGGUGAGAACAAAGAGGGUGACAGGCCAAGGCGCUCUGAGCGCCGGGAGAGGUCUACACGAUGGGACAAUGAUGAUCGGCUGAAUGAGUUAGAAAACUCAGAACGGUCACGGACCACGGACAGAGAGACGAGUUCUGAUCGUUCUCAUAGGAAAACAAACUCUGAACCGUUAGCCUCUAAAGGUGAUGACUCUAAGACUGAACCAUCAAAUAAGAGUAACACCUCUGAGGAAAAACAGGAAACGACUUCUUAAAAUCCUUUACAGACUUUCAAACAAGUUACGGAAACAUCCUUUUCAGUUUUUAUCAAGUUUCAGCAUCAAACUAACAACUAUCAAGUUUGUUUUUAAAACUCCAUGGACAUCAGUUUUGAUUAUUAGAUGUCAGAUGUAGAGUUCUUUUAUGUAUAUACAAGAGUAAAUGUGAGUGCCAGUGUGACUAAUUCACAUUUAGGGUGUUUUAAAUUAGUUUUUUUUUUUUUUU